AUCAUUCUAACCUAUGAUUCUGCACCUAUUUCGAACGAAAUGACGACACCCAUCAAUCCCGAAGCCGACGCGGUUAAGAAAGACUACGAUCUUUCUCAACCUCUAGAUACGAGCUCAGGUCUUCGCCAAGGUCUUACCUCUUAUGGAGACGCAUAUUUUUCCCUGUUCCUCCGCAAAGUAUCUAUUAAAGCACUUGGAUACUCCGAAGAUGCCUUACCUCGGCCUAUCAUUGGUAUCAUCAAUACGAAUUCCGGCUUCAACCCUUGCCAUGGCAACGCACCCCAACUCAUCGAGGCAGCCAAGCGAGGUGUUUAUCUGAAUGGUGGAAUCACCAUUGAAUUUCCGACAAUUAGUUUGCAUGAGGGGUUUUCACACCCCACAAGCAUGUUUCUGCGAACCCUUAUGAGUAUGGACACUGAGGAGAUGAUUAAGGCUCAGCCUGUGGAUGCAUGUAUCAUGAUAGGGGGCUGCGAUAAGACUGUCCCAGCGCAGAUCAUGGGAGGCAUCUCCGCCAAUAAACCCAUCCUUCCGCUUAUAACUGGGCCGAUGAUGCCAGGCAGUAAUCGAGGCAAGCGUAUUGGCGCCUGCACUGAUUGUCGCAACAACUGGGCCUCUUUUCGGGCCGGCACAAUCGACAUGGAGGAGAUUAUGGGUAUAAAUGAAGAACUUGCUCCAACGGGCGCCUCGGCCCCGGCCGUCUCGGCAGCUCGACUCCGAAUUGCAGAGCAGACGGGCGCAAAUGCCGUCGCGGCAGCUAAAGCUCAGAGAACGCCCCAAGCUAUUUUGUCUGCUGAGUCUUUCUAUAAUGCCGCCAUCGUUCUUCAAGCCAUUAGUGGAUCCACCAAUGCUAUGGUGGACCUAAUGGCCGUAGUCAACCGUCAUCCAGAGCUCAAUGGUAAUUUCAAGUGGAAUGUUAUGUCUGCUCAACCGUUUGCGCCCGUUGCUCCACCUCAACCACAAACAAUUACCGGCGAGACUCUAGGAGAAGUCCUCGAUCGCUCUAACUUUCGCGACAUUGAAUACUCGCGCUCCAUCAUUCGAACCCUUUCUGACCCCUUGUAUCCUUGCUCCUCCCUGGCUGUCGUGCGAGGGAAUAUUGCCCCCAACGGGGCGGUGAUCAAGGCCUCUGCCUCUAGAGAGAAGAGUCUUCAUCACCAUCGGGGCAAGGCUAUGGUAUUUGAGAACUCCAAAGACCUUGCUCUUCGCCUCGAUGAUCCCGGCCUGGAAGUAAUCGCCGAUUCAGUUUUGGUACUCAAAGGUAUCGGUCUGAUCGGAAAUCCAGGCAUGCCUGAUGCUGGAAUGAUUCCUAUUCCGCGGAAGCUGGCCAAGCAGGGCGUGACGGAUAUGCUUCGUUUGUCCGAUGGGCGCAUGUCAGGGACUGCAGGAGGCACGAUUCUACUGCACGUUUCUCCUGAAUCAGGUAUCCCUGACUCUCCCUUCGGAGUGGUGCAAAAUAGAGACAAGAUAGAGCUCGAUUUGACUAACCAAAGUCUGGAGCUGCUGAUUAGUGAAGAGGAAUUGCGCCAGGGUAUCACAUUGCAGAAGGAGAGGCUUACAGUAGCAAAUGAAGGAACGGAACCAUCUGUUUGGUUGGAACGAGAGACUUGUCGCGGGUAUAGAGGACUCUAUGAACGAACGGUAAAUCAGUCUCAUGACGGUGCAUAUUUCGACGUGCUGACUGCGACCGGUCCGAAGAAAUGA